AUGCUUUUACCACCACUUGAAGUAUAUAAUAGUGCCGAAGAACUCUUUCUAAAUGCACAAAGAUUUGCAAAUUCCCAAGGUUAUGUUCUAAUUAAAAAAAGAACUCGAAAAGAUAACCAUGCUCCUGAAAUUGAGGAAGAUGUUUCUUAUUCUGAAGACUCAUUUCAAUCUCUCUUACAAGAUUUACAGCAAAG